AUGACUGGUGCUACGGAUUGGUUUGGUACUAUAGGCUAUUCAAAAGAAAGUGAUGAGUUCAAUUCGUUAUUAAAGUCUAUCAAAUUAGAUUUAGACACUGCAGAAGUUAGAGAGUUUAAAGAUUCAAUUUCAUACAAUUUUUAUAAAGAUGGAUUAUCAUUUACUUUUAUUAAUGGAAUUUUAGAUUCAAUUGAUUUUUUCAUAAAAGAUCGGAAAUUCAAAUCAAUCAAUGAUGAUUUGGAAUUACCUUUCGAAAUUACAAAAAAUUUUACAGGUCAAAAAUUUGUUGAAAAAUUUGGUGAACCAAUUGAAAAAGGUGGUGGAUUGAAUUCAAAAUUAGAUAUUUGGUUAAGAUGGAAUAAUCUACAAGUUGAAAUUGAUGAACAAAAUUGGGACGCUGCACAAACGGCAAAUUGGAAGUCUUUAACUAUAUUCAAGGAUUAA